UUUUGGGACCCCCCUGAGGCGCUGAUUUUGUCUCCUCCCCCCAGCCAUGCGCUUCAAGCUGCUCAAGCACACCCGGCUCAACGUGGUGGCGUUCCUCAACGAGCUGCCCAAGACCCAGCACGACGUCAACUCCUUCGUGGUGGACAUCUGUGCCCAGACGAACACGCUGCUCUGCUUCACCGUCCACGGCAUCUUCAAGGAAGGUCGGUGCCUGCUUUUUAUUGCUCUUUUUAUCUUGGUUUUCUUCAUUAUUUUCUGCUUUUUUUCCUAAUUUUCUC